CUAGGGGAUGCUGUGGAGUCUGAUUGUGAAACAGAAAAAAGGAUGUAGCCGCACUCAGUGUGGAAACAGAAAAUUUGGCAGAUCUUUCUCAGCCCAGCUUUAGAUGACGGCAGGUUUCCCUCAUCUCCAAGAAGGGCCAACAGAUAACCUGACGAUUCUGUGCAAAAGAGGGAAGGCAAAGCAUGUUUCUGAGCAUCUUGAGGGCUUUAUCAGACUCCUGGCCAGAAACACAUCCUUGCCCAGUGUAGAUGCCAAGAGAGAAGACCUGGUUCUCUAGAGUCCAACGUACUUCCAUCAGAAAUAUGUUCUGAUAGAGCAGCCAUGGGUGAAGAUGAACGAGUGCAGCACCAGCAGCGGCCCUGCAGUGAGGAGUCAGGAAAGGAGCCGACAAAGACCUGCAAAGGACUCACCGUCAAAUGCCUCAACUCUUUUCGAGGCAAGAUCUCUGCAGGCAACUGGAGAAUUCGACAGGAUGGCGACUCUCAGUCAGAUCUCAAGACCGGACACAGUGAAGAUCAGGAUUCAGAAGAGAAGAAGAUAGCUUUGGAGCUACUGGAAACUGAGCAGGCCUAUGUCACUCGCCUUCAUCUUUUAGAUCAGGUGUUCUUCCUGGAGCUGCUGAAGGAAGCCAGAAAUGCCAAAACCUUUCCAGAAGGUGUGGUUAAAAUGAUAUUUUCCAAUAUCUCAUCCAUUUACCAGUUCCAUGCAGAGUUUUUCUUGCCAGAGCUGCAGAAGCGUAUGGAGAACUGGGAUUCCAGUCCCAGGAUUGGGGACAUCAUUCAGAAGGUUGCUCCUUUCCUGAAGAUGUAUAGUGAAUACGUCAAGAACUUUGACAAGGCAGUGGAGCUGAUCACCACAUGGUCUGAAAAGUCCUUGGCCUUCCAGGAAGUGAUCUCACGCAUUCAGAGGCAGGAGACCUGUGCCAGCUUAACCUUGCAGCAUCAUAUGCUGGAACCUAUACAGAGAAUCCCCAGAUAUGAACUUCUUCUGAAGGACUACAUUCGAAAGCUACCUUUGGAGUCACCAGACAGGGAAGAUGCACAGAAAGCUCUGGAGAUGAUUUUCACAGCAGCCAAGCAUUCUAAUGCUGCCAUUGCAGAAAUGGAACAACUCCAGAACCUUUGGGAGGUGUAUCGGAGGUUGGGCCUUGAAGACGAAUUCAUUGACCCUUCUAAUGAGCUCAUUAAAGAGGGACCCAUCCAAAAAAUAUCUUAUCGGCACAACGUCACAGCAGAAAAAUACCUAUUCUUGUUUAAUAACGUACUGCUGUACUGCGCACCAAAAGUCAUUCAAGUGGGUUCCGAGUUUCAAGUGCGAAGCCGGAUUGACGUGGAGGGCAUGAAGGUUCGAGAACUGAAUGAUAUGGAAUUUCCUCAUGCAUUCCUUGUGUCAGGGAAGCAGCGAACUCUAGAACUGCAAGCCAGCUGGGUUCUUUUUCUGUGCAGAUCCCAGGAGGAAAUGAAUGCUUGGAUAAAGGCUUUCCAGUGUGCCAUUGACAGAAAGGAGAAGAGGUGUGAAUCCUUCAAGGCAGCUAUCCAAGGGUCUGAAGUGGUGAUUCAAAACUCCAAUCAGUGCCAGUCGGAGGAGCUGGGCAGGCGGGCUCCCCAGUGGGUGAGAGACAAACUGGUGACUAUGUGCAUGCGUUGCAAGGAGCCAUUCAAUGCCAUCACACGCCGAAGGCACCACUGUCGGGCCUGUGGCUAUGUGGUGUGUGGCCGGUGUUCAGAGUACAAAGCUGAGCUGCAGUAUGAUAAGAAUAGACCAAAUCGUGUCUGCGUGGAAUGCUUCACCUUCUUGACAGGGCAUUUGCUGCCUGAUGACCAGCAUGGAAAGAACAAAAGCAUCCUGGAGAAAGGAUCUGCAGGGAUAUCAGGGCAGAGCUUGAUGUGCAGUUUCCUGCAACUGCUGGACAAAAACGGAAAGGGGAGUAUGCGCGGCUGGUUUGUGAUCCCACGAGAUGAUCCUCUGGUGCUGUACGUUUAUGCUGCUCCUCAGGAUGUCAAGGCUCAUACCUCCAUUCCUCUGUUGGGCUACCAAGUGAAGGAGAUGCCACAGAGCGACACCCGCCACAUCUUCCAACUGGUCCAGUCAAAACAGAUCUAUACACUGGCUGCAGAGACAGAAGAUCUGAAACAGCGCUGGAUGAAAGCAAUAGCACAAGCAGCCCAUGGAGAAGAAGAUGACUCAUUUGAUGAACUGGACUAAUUACCUGGUUGUGAGGCUGUUAUAUGCUCUGGCCCACCAUUCCACCUUUUGCAAAAGGAAAAAUUUCCCUGUCCCUUUUAAACUACUAGUCAUUUUUUUCAACUAUAACCACUGUUAUAGUUUUUUUCUGCUGAGCUCCAAUCUCCUUGCUUUGCUUCUGAGCCUGUCAUACGGAUUUGUGUCAAAUGCAUCACUCACAGUACAUCGUUGCUGACUACAGUCAGAGACGUGCAAACUCUCACUGCCCUGCUUUCUGAUUCACAUACUCCCCACAUCUUGUACUCUGCUAUAGUCAACAUUUGUUAGGGUACCAGGGCAAGCAACUUCCAGAGGUCUGGGGGUUGCAUACAACUCCCCUUGGAUCUUGAAGGACUGCACCCACUCUGUUACCCCCCAAUUUUUUUCCAUACUCCCCCCCCCAAAGGCUCUCCCAUGUUCCUUAUUGUCCAUAGGGAGCAGUUUUCUAUGGCAGGUUGCUGUUGCCACGCUGUUUCAAAGGGCAUCCCUGUUUUAACACACACACCCCAGCCUAAAACAGUUGAUGGGGCCAAAUCCAUGGUGAAAUGGCCUUCUAGAGGACGCAAGGAGAAUUUUAUAGCAAAAUUUUCUCAGACUCUUUUUUGAGGAGGGUAUCUAUCCAGUUGUCAUGCUACAAAUGUCUCACCAUCUGCGAAGCAUACCAGCCAGGUAUAUAAUUUAUCUGGAGUGAUGAAAAGAGGAAUCCAAAAUAGCCUAUCUGGAGGUUGAUGUCCUCAGAAGACACUAUCAAAGAGGUCGGAGAGAAAGGAGAAUAGGCAGUAUAAAAGUGUAGGCCAUAAAUAACUAUAAAUCAAAACUCUUGUCAGUCCAGGGAAGGGGCAGCCAUAAGCGCGUGAGGUGAGGGUUGUCAGUGAAGCAGUCGGUCCAAUAAGGCUCGGGGACAAAUGAUAACAGAAGUAUGUACCAUGUUAAUGGGAAAGCAAAGCAGGAUCAGGCAGCAGGUCAAGGUUUACUAGCAUUCCAGGAAGUACUUUCAGAUGGUGUUUAUUGAGGCCAUAGCUAAGGCAGCCAAAGUCUCAGCUAUAGGCUUUCCAGCAUUAGGUCUCCCUGGUUGGGGGGGGGCUCUCCCCUCAAGGAGACUCGUGACUUGCAAAGAAGCCUCAAGUCCCGAACACACACACACACACACAAAACUAUAGUUGGGCACUGCACAAGUUUUCCUCCAACUUGGCUCUUGCCUUCAUCUGGCACUGCUUCUUGGCUUGGAGGAAGCCUUGCCUUCUUCUGAGACUCCACCUGGGCCUGGAGGGUCCCAGGUUGUCAGAGAUUAUUUGCCCCUCUGUGCCCUUUGGCCUUGGAGGCUCUAGAUCUUUAGACCUUUAGGGCUGUUGCUGAGUCCAUGCUUGUAAGUCGAUUGAGAUAUCUGACUAGCCACUGCCAGGGGCAGAAUGCUGGAUUAGUCCAGUGAAUGCUCUGAAGGCAUAGUUCUGCUACUGACACUCAGCAUGUUCAACCUUGUAAGUUACUAGGUGAGGCUUGGGAACCAUAGCUUCCUGCGGAAAAUGUUAAAAGGGAAGGUGUAACUGUAAUAAACAAUAAUAAAUUCCUAUGCUCUUAUCCUGUUCUCCUCCCUUUAGGGACUACACCUAUCUUCUGUCCAUCCAAUGAAAUAAAAGCUGAUGACUCAACUUGUUUUCUGCCCCUUUUAGUGACUGUGGCUGCUUUGAAAUGUUCUCUGGCUGGUUCUUUUUCUGCCCUGACUAUUUUUCCAUGUUUUUCCUGUUUUUCCAAAUUUUUCCAUUUCUCAUCAGUACAUAUGUUUGUUUAAUUGUUAGCAUCACAGUCUUAACUGCGCUGAUAGUCCCGUGUAAGUGACAAUAUCCAGUAGAGACCUUCAAACCAUUUUAAGCAAAGCUUUCAGUGACUAUUGCUCAGAGUUAACAGCAGACAAAAGUGUUUAACUGAGGACCAAUGAAAAUACGUUUACAGUAAAGUCUGGGAUAAAUGCAUGUAUAACUAGCGACUUUCUAACUCCAUGCCCUCCCAUGCUUCCAAAGUUCAUGUUGUUUGCAUAACUGCACCAAAAGGAGUUCAUCCAGAGUGUGUCAGAGUGCUUUCACAGGAAAUGCUGAGAUCCAUUUGACAGUUCCAGUGAUGAUAGUGCAUCAGAGCAGAUGUCUGUCUAUUUGUGUGAGUCUCAACAGCAUCAGUAUUCUUUGUGCUUAUCUCUGUUUUUAAUAAUGACUCUGAUUUCCUUUUUUUCCUUUCAAAGUACUUUUCUCUUGGAAAAUAUAAUUUGUUUCAGA